AGAUGCAUUGUAAGUGUCCCAUGUCUGCUUUGUAAUGGUUCUUCUUAUACAUCACUGAUUUUUUAUAUUGUCUAUGUGGCAGGUAGCAGUAUGGAUUGGUAUGCCACGUAUCUCCUUUUCAUCAUCUUCUGUGUGUCCUGUAUAAUUCUGAGCUUCAUGAGGAUUUUAAGAGAAAAAGCAACACUUCCUCCAGGACCCAUGCCCUUACCCUUCAUUGGGAACCUCCUGCAGGUUGACACAAAAGACAUUGGAAGGUCACUUAUGAAGCUAAAAGACAAGUAUGGACCAGUUUACAGUCUGUACCUGGGACCUAGACCUGGAAUUGUUGUAUGUGGAUACAAUGCUGUGAAGGAGGCUUUGGUUGACCAGUAUGAAGCAUUUGGAGAUAGAGGAGACUAUCCUGUGUUCUUGAACUUCAUUGGUAAACAUGACCUUUGCUUUCACAAUGGGAUGAGAUGGAAGUCGCUUCGACGCUUUGCUCUGCUCACAUUGAGGAACUUUGGAAUGGGAAAGCGAAGUGUGGAGGAGCGAAUACUAGAGGAGGCUCAGUUCCUCAUCAAGGACUUUAAAAAUAUAAAGGGGGCUCCAGUGAAUCCCACCAAAUACUUUGCUAAAUCAGUCUCCAAUGUAAUCUGCUCUAUUGUAUUUGGCAGCCGGUUUGAUUAUGAAGACAAAAGACUGUUGGCCAUAAUUCAGAGUAUUAAUAGUAACUUCCUUGUCAUGAGUGGCACUUGGGGGACGCUAUACAACAUGUAUCCAGACCUCAUGGAAUAUGUGCCAGGGCCACACAAGAACAUGGAUAAGUAUUUUAAUAUGAUCUAUGACAUUUCAGCUGAAAUCAUUAAACACCAUAAAGAGACUCUGGAUCCCGAUAAUCCCCGUGACUACAUUGACUGCUUUCUCAUAAAGAUGAAAGAGGAAGAGGAAAAUCCAGACACCGCAUUCUACGCCAAAUCUUUGGCCAGAACGAUUCACAACCUGCUGUUUGGAGGAACAGAGACGGUCAGCACUAACCUGAGAUACGGAUUCCUGGUGCUCAUGAAAUACCCGGAGGUGGCAGAGAAAAUGCAAGAAGAGAUUGACCAUGUUAUUGGAAGAGACCGAUUUCCAUCCAUUGCUGACCGAAGUAAAAUGCCAUAUACAGAGGCCGCUAUUCAUGAACUUAUUAGGUUCUGUGAUGUGUUGCCAGUCAGUCUUCCUCGAUGCACAUCCAAAGAUACAGUAUUCAGAGGAUACUUCAUUCCGAAGGGAACACACGUUACUCCACUCCUGGCCUCUGUCCAUAGUGAUCCAAGUUAUUACAAAGAACCUCACAAAUUUAACCCCAACAAUUUUCUGGAUGACAAAGGUGCUUUUAAGAAGAAUGAUGCCCACAUGCCUUUUGGUGCUGGAAAAAGGGUGUGUCUUGGAGAAAGCUUGGGACGAAUGGAACUCUUCCUUUACUUCACAUCAUUGCUUCAAAAUUUCAGCUUCAAACCAGUCAUUCCAAAGGAAGAGAUAAACCUCACACCUACAGGGAGCGGACUGGGCAACGUGCCACCAGUUUAUGAGUGUUGUAUCAAACCUCGCUAAAUAUCUUAUCUUUAAAGUGGACCUAUGCUUAAAAUCUAAAGUUUGGUUGUCCAACAGGGACUUGUGAUAGUAGCCAUAUUAUUGCACUUGCAACAAUACAGUUAGGUAUUGUCUUUGAUACUUUUUUAUUUGUACUAACAGUUCAAUUUUCAGGACAAGCUUUUGGAGCUCUACCCCCUUCUUGUCGGUCCAAGCUGUACUGAUACACCUAGUUUUAGCAAGGGAUUAACCUAGUCCCUUUUAUUCUAGACUUAUCCCUCCCAGGAAAGCACUUUAUCAUCUCUGCCAGCUUUUGCCAAAUUCCCUUAUAUAGGGUGGAGCUUAAGAGUGGGGGUGGUUGGAGAUGCAAACAGAGUUAAGCGGCCAUAGAUCAGUAAGAUUUGGAAUGAAAAUUCCUAGGUAACGUUUUAGGAAAUUCCUACGAAAAUACUCUUUGUU